GAGUCUAAAAUCAGAGCCAGAGGCCGGGACAGACUUGCGUAAAUCAUUGAGCAAUCCGUUUUUUGCCUGUGAAAUCCGGCAGCUCUCUCUGUGUAUAAUAGUGUUUCAGUCUCCAUUUGCUACUUCUGUGUGACUGUUCUGGGCUAUGAAGGUAAAAUGCACGGAAUAACCAGAAGCUGUGUCCUGUUUUUAUGGAUUCAAACACUGACACUAGUAAAGAGUCAAGACUGUACACGUCAGCAGUUUUUUAACAGUCCCCUGUUUGAUGCAAAUUUUGACACAACUUCUCUGGAGGCCAGUUACUCCCCAGGAAGACAAGUGAGAGUGGGCUGCAAUGUGGGCUUCAGUGGCUUCUUCAAACUGAUCUGUGCCGAUGGAAAAUGGGAGUCAAAAGGAACCAAAUGUCAACUAAGAUCGUGUGGUCAUCCUGGCGAUGCCCAGUUUGCAGAUUUCCAGCUGAAAGAAGGAGACGACUUUGUGUUUGGGUCACAAGUUGUGUACACCUGUCAAACAGGUUAUCAGAUGGUCAGUAGGAGUAACUCUCGGCGCUGCAUGGCUGAAGGCUGGGAUGGAAUUGUUCCUGUCUGUGAGGCCCGUCAGUGCCAAGUGAUUCAUGUGGAUGACAACGUUCUGGUGACAGGGGAUCCAGAGGAAGCGACCUAUGGAAAUGUGUUGGGAUUUAGGUGCAAGUCCAACGCACAUGUUCUAAAGGGUUCACCAGAGAUAUAUUGUGACGAAAAUGGAGAGUGGAGCAGCAAAGAGCCAACAUGUGAAGAGAUCAAAUGUUCAGUACCUGUGAUUGAUAAUGGACGCAUGACUGGAGAUUUGCGAGAUUACAGGGAAAAUGAAGUCCUGCAUUUUGUUUGUCAUACAAAGUUCCAAAAACAGAGCGAAAUACUUUCAAAAUGCAUAAAACUGGGAAAUUCAGCUGCGUUUAGCCCUGCACCUGUCUGUGAACCAACAAAAUGUAAACUGCCCACCCAUUUUAGAGGAUCCAGUUACGACCCUGAAUACACAACUGUGUUCUCACCUGGUGAGAGAGUCACAGUCAAUUGUGGUGACAAGUAUUAUAUUACUACACCUCUGAUCACGUCAGCCACAUCUACAUGUAUGGAUGAUGGAAAUUGGGAUAUCACACCUUUAUGCCAAGAGGUCAGAUGCAGAAAUGAAAAAGGCCUGAAUGUGAAUUAUUGGGGUGUCAGAUGGAACCACUUACUAAGACUGGAUGACACUGUAAGUUAUAACUGUCAGACUGGAUACAGGGCAAAAUCCAACCAAGCCACAUGCACCAGAGAUGGAUGGACUCCGGAACCACUUUGUGAAGUAAGAACAUGCACAAAAAAGAUGGUCUUGAAUGCAAACAUAGUGAGCAACGAUAAGGAGUCAUACAUUUAUGAUGAAAGGGUCAGGUAUGUCUGCAAGGAUGGAUAUGAAGGAGAAUUUACUCUCACCUGUAUGGGAAAUCGGUGGAAUGGAAAUGCACAAUGUACAGUGAAAAGGUGUCAACAAAUGGACAUCCCAGGUGCAUAUAUUAUCCAGAAUAACAGGAGAAUUUACGACCAUGACCAACAAGUCAUAUAUAGAUGCCAGGAAGAUCCUUACCAACAGAUUACUGUUACCUGUCAAAAAGGUGAAUGGACUGGGGUUCAGAGCUGUCAAGGAUGUCCAAAAAUUGAAAUUGCAAAUGGAUUUGUUGUUGCUGAAGAAGAUGACAAAGCGUACUACACCUGCUAUGAUGGUUAUAAACUUUUCACCAAUGGCUGGUGGGGCGAAGCCAUAUGCAUAAGCAAACGGUGGACUGGACUUGAAGACUGCAUUGAGAACAGUCAGUGUGGAGAGCCUCCUGUGAUUCCCAAUGGGAGGGUCACACCUAGAACUCGACGAUCUCUCCAGCUUGAAUGUGACAAUGGAUUCAAUGCUCAGGUUCAAAGAUUGACCUGCGAAGGGGGAAACUGGUAUUUUGGUGGAUUCUCACCUGAGACACUGUGUAUCCAUUCCAUCAAACCCUGCAACCCACCACCUAGAGUUGCGAAUGCAGUAAUCAUGGCGUCUUUUCAAAAGCAAUACUUGUCUGGCUCUGAAGUAGUUUAUGUGUGCCGUGAGGAGUACAGAGCUGAGGGAGACGACAGGAUUCAAUGCAUAGAUGGCCAGUGGGAACAGAAGAACUUCAUAUGUACAUCAUCCACAGCUCUCCCAGCUGUCCCAGAUCCUUUAGCAGCUGUCACAGAUCCCGAAGCUCUCCCAGCUGACCCAGAUCCCAAAGCAGCUGUCUCAGAUCCCAAAGCUCUCCCAGCUGACCCAGAUCCCAAAGCAGCUGUCACAGAUCCCGAAGCUCUCCCAGCUAACCCAGAUCCCAAAGCAGCUGUCUCAGAUCCCGAAGCUUUCCCAGCUGACCCAGAUCCCAAAGCAGCUGUCUCAGAUCCCAAAGCUCUCCCAGCUGACCCAGAUCCCAAUGUAGCUGUCUAAGAUCCCAAAGCUCUACCAGAUCCCAACGUGGAGCAGGACUAAUUGUUAGAGUUCCACUGAAGUACCAAUAAAAAUCAUCAGAAAUGUAUAUUUUUAUGUAACUUUUUGCAUGUGUUGUUUGGACAGAAAAAAGAGAAAGAGAAGAUGGGUCUGCAUUAUUUUUAUGAAGUAGCUUUCUUAUACUGCAACCUUAUUGUGUUUCAGUAAAUAUGAAUAUGCUGUUGAAUAUAAGGACAUUGCUGUGACAUUAAUUGUGUUGUCUUCUAUUAUUUCUAAAAAUAAAGCCUAUAAUGAAAGGGUUCUGUACAA